ACUUUUUCAACGCCUCCGGGUCCUCAUUUUGUCCUUUUGACAACAUCUUGUCUCCUCAGACUUCCACAAUGGCUUCAGCUGGCGGAGAGACCCGGGCUGCCGGUAUUGCUGAUGGCCAGGCGCCUACACACACAUUUGUCCCUAACCAGGGCUAUCUGAACUCUGCAGACAGCCCCGCCGCCGCGGGGCAGGACAACACAGAGGUCCAAGAAGACGGCGAAGAGGACGAGGAUGAGUACUACGACGACAUUUUCGAAGACGAUAUUGACGCGGACGAGUUCGUCUCUGCGAACCCUGCAGACUUCACAAAAUCCUACAACCGUCAGCGGCGCAUAAAUGAACUGUCGCAAGAUCCUACUGUCCCCAAGUGGCAAUAUCCAAAGACGAACCCCCAGAAACCUACGGUCAACACGCUCGCUUCCGUGGAUGACCAGAUAUCGUCUCUGUCGCGACAUGCAGCCAAGAUUCGUCUGGAUGACAAGCAGUCGGGGUUGGGUGGCCGUGGUGAGCGUAACGUCGAUAAGAGCGACAGAGCCACUUCGGAACAAGUGUUGGAUCCACGAACGCGGAUGAUUCUGCUGCAGAUGAUCAACAGGAACAUUGUGUCGGAAAUCAACGGAUGUCUCUCCACUGGAAAGGAGGCGAAUGUCUACCACGCUGUAUCAUUCCCGGAUGACGAGGAGUCUGCGCCCGUUCAGCGCGCGAUCAAAGUCUACAAGACCAGUAUUCUUGUCUUCAAGGACCGAGACAAGUAUGUUACUGGAGAGUUCCGUUUCAGACAGGGAUACAACAAGAGCAACAACCGAGCCAUGGUGAAGGUCUGGGCAGAAAAGGAGAUGCGAAACCUGCGACGUAUCCACGCUGCUGGCAUUCCCAGCCCAGAGCCUCUCUAUCUCCGACUACACGUCCUCGUUAUGGGCUUCCUCGGAAAUUCCAAGGGUGUCCCAUCCCCGCGACUGAAGGACGUCCAAUUCGAUAUUCCAGACCCCGAGACUAAGUGGCGAUCGCUGUACAUCGAGCUACUGGGCUACAUGAGGACAAUGUACCAAACAUGCAGACUCGUCCACGCUGAUUUGAGUGAAUACAACAUCCUAUACCACAACGACAAGCUGUACAUCAUUGAUGUCAGUCAGAGUGUGGAACACGAUCACCCUCGUAGUUUCGAGUUCCUCCGAAUGGACAUCAAGAAUGUUAGCGAUUUCUUCACUCGAAAGGGUGUGCACGCGUUGUCUGAACGGACUGUCUUCGAAUUUAUCACGUCGGCUGAAGGCCCGACUACUACACCGGAAUCAAACGAGCAGAUGACUGAGACCAUCGAGAAAUUGUUCGCUCAUCGAGCCGACAAUGAUGAGCAGGAUGCUGCUGGUGAGGAUGAGGUGGAAACCGCCGUGUUCCGUCAGCAGUAUAUCCCACAGACACUCGAGCAGGUCUACGACGUGGAGCGGGACGCAGAAAAGCUUCGUACCGGCGAAGGAGACGACCUCGUCUACCGAGACCUGCUGGCGCAGAAGAAGAAUACCUCCGACGAUAUCGCAGCCGAAGUGAAGUCAGAUGAGCAGUCUGAUCAGAGUGGUGGCGUCUCCGUCUCCGGUUCUGAAUCCGACUCGGAUGGAGAGUUGGAUCCCUUCGAGAAGAAACAACCUCGCGGCAAGCGCUUCGAGGACAAGGACGCCAAGCGUGAACACAAGCGUCAAGUGAAGGAAGAGAAGCGUGAGCAGAGAGCUAAGAAGAUGCCGAAGCAUCUGAAGAAGAAGCUCGUCAGCCAGUCCUCCAAGAAGCGCUGAAUAGCUGCAUCCGUUCCGGUUCAUUUCUUUGUUUAUAGUCUGGCCAUCUUAAGCGGCGUUAUGGUUGAUUGUGAUCUUCUUUUUUCCCUUCAAUCGAAUGUUACGAAAUGCAUGACCGAAAUAUCGAAUUGACGU